GUGACAUUUAUUUUCGCAAACGACGACGCAGAUGUUAGCCAUACGAGUUUAUUGCCAUACGGGACCUCAGCAUUGAACUGAGCUGACUUGGCUUCAUGAAAAUGACAGUUUUUGGAGGGUUUGUCAUGUGCUUGCUCAUCACUGGGAUAGGAGGAGCCUGAGCAAGACCCCGACCUUUAAAGAAGAGCGAAUUGUCUCUUUUUUUUCAGAUAUAUUAUAUUUAAAGAUGCUUCGAUUGUCCUUUUUGUAACGAUCUUCACCAGUUAAAGAUCUCGUGCGAGCUGGGACGACAGUUCGCGAGUCAAUCCGCCUGUAUCGGCUCUGACAAGAAAGCGGCAGCCUUAAGAAGGGAAUUCCUAGCAGACACAACAUUCUUCAUUUUUUAAUAUUUAGAUUAAUACCAAGGGAUGAGAUGCUGACAGGCACCCGGGACUUCGGGAACGGUAUAUAUUCACUCCUGAGUUUAAAGGGAAAUUAAAUAUAUUUUUUCAAUCUACAUGUGCAAAUAAAAUCCGGGAUCUCAUUAAUUACCUCAAAAGUCUAAAAGAAAAGGCAACGUUUUUGACCUGCGGGAUAUCUGCUGUUCCUAUUUCCUGGGACUGGAGGAACGCAUCUCUGAUGUGCACUCAAGCACCUGAGCGACGAGACCCAGCUGAGGUGAGUUCGCCCGGAUUCCUGUUUCUGCUCCCGAGCAGCGAAUUGCCUGCAAGCCACCCAGAGCUACCGAAACAGCAACACGAGAGCUAAGAGUGCAAGGCCAUAGAGAGCAACUCAGACUGACAGCCCUGCUUCCAUCGAGCACGUCCACACUGUUUCUUGCGGCUGAGCCAAAGGACAUGAACGUUACAGCCUUCAAUCCUCUCAUCAUGAAACACCUUGAGGUCAGCCCCCUGGAUUCCACGCACUGGGAGAACACCUCUAACGUCUCCCUGGGCAGCCCCAACUCCACCGGCUGCGAGCAGAUCACAAUCCCCCACGAGAUCUUUCUGACUCUGGGCUUAAUUAGCCUGGUGGAGAACAUUUUGGUGGUGCUGGCCAUAAUCAAGAACAGGAACCUGCACUCGCCCAUGUACUAUUUCAUCUGCUGCCUGGCCGUCUCCGACAUGCUGGUGAGCGUCAGCAAUGUGGUGGAAACCAUGUUCAUGCUGCUGAUCGAGCAGGGGGUGCUGGUGGUGACCCCGGACAUGAUGAAGCAGCUGGACAACGUGAUCGACAUCAUGAUCUGCAGCUCGGUGGUGUCCUCUCUCUCCUUCCUCAGCGCCAUUGCGGCGGACCGCUACAUCACCAUCUUCUACGCUCUCCGCUACCACAAUAUCAUGACCACCCAGCGCGCAGUGGCCAUCAUUGUGGUCAUCUGGGUGGCCAGCACCAUCUCCAGCACGCUCUUCAUCGUCUACUACAACUACACAGCCGUCAUCAUCUGCCUCAUCACCAUCUUCUGCACCAUGCUGGUGUUCACCGCGGUGCUGUACCUCCACAUGUUCAUCCUGGCUCACAUCCACUCCAAGCGCAUCACCACCUACUACAAGAACCGCCGCCAGCACCAGGCCACCAGCAUGAAGGGGGCCAUCACUCUGACCAUCCUGCUGGGGGUCUUCGUCAUCUGCUGGAGCCCGUUCUUCCUCCAUCUCAUUCUCAUCCUCACCUGCCCCAAGAGCCCCUACUGCGCCUGUUUCUUCAGUCACUUCAACCUCUUCCUCAUCCUCAUCAUCUGCAACUCCCUCAUCGACCCCAUCAUCUACGCCUACAGGAGCCAGGAGCUGCGCAGGACUCUGAAGGAGCUCGUGUUCUGCUCCUGGUGGUUCACCAUGUAGGUGGUCCUCCACAGAGACAGGGGGAAGGAAGAAGGAAAAAAGCAAACAAAAUGAACUCUUUUUGGAGCAGCUGGCAUGAGGAA